CAAUUAAGGUCGAAAUAGAAAUACCUACCGAUCAACCAUUCUCCUUGCCCUGAGGCUAGACUUGCCCUCAGCUUGGAGUUACCAUUACGAAAAAUGGAUACACUGCACUUCGACGUCUCCAUACAAGCAUGCAAAUGAACUCAAGACUCCAAUUAGAACUCUUCUCACGCACUCUUUUAUCAAAACCUAUCUACGACCUAAUCCCAAGUAAACCCACAUCGAGUUAUGGUCCAAGCUGUAUAAACUUGUGGCCAGAGUCUCCACUCCGGAAUUUAUCAUCGACGGGAGCAUUUAUAAUACAGCAGUGCCGAACGUCGGCUCAACUGAAGACUUAGCUUUAACCUCAGCACCCACUCUUAAACGAAGAAUUACUUCCCCAGAAAACAGAUCUGAUAAAUCUAGAAUAAAUACAUCAUGCCCUACGAAGGCCAUUGCAUAUGCGGACGUAUCCGCGUCUUGCUGGAACAGCAGCCUCCCAGUUCUCUCGUUUGCCACUGCCAAAAUUGUAGUAGAUCGGGGGGUGGCUCCUCUAUAAACUACGUCCUCCACAAGGAAGAAGUCACAAUUCAAGACCCUCAAUCUAGUCUAAAAGUAUAUGAAGAUACGAACACAGUCAGUGGAAAUCGCAUUCAGCGCAAAUUCUGCUCAAACUGUGGCAGUCCGAUUAUGACCGAGAGUCCCAGCUUUCUGGGGAAGGCUAUUGUGAAGGCUUCUUUGUUUGAUGUGAUCUCUCAGCCUGAUAAGGAGCUUUUCACGGCUCAAAGACAGGCAUGGAAGGGGCCUGUUGAGGGGGCGAAGCAGGAAUAGUGAAUUAUGUUGUUAGUCUAGAGGGGUGAUGUUAAGUAUAGGUAGUGUUGGGGUUGAUGUUUUUGAGAUGGGAUGUGGGUUUCUAGAAUAUGAAUAUCAUGGAAUACUGAUGUAAAAGAGAUCUUUUCUCUAAGAGUUAUCA